CGACACAUCAACAACACCUCAUGUUGACGGCGACAAACUCGAGCAAAAACAUCACAGCAAUAGCCCAGAUACGCGGUAACCACCAUGACCCGAGAGCCAGGAAGUAGUGGAAGGUCCCAACUGAAAACGGAGGACCUCAUCCGCAUCCAGACGCUGUCGCGCGAUGCGAAGAUGGGCCCCAAUGAGAUCGAAAGAAUCACGGGUUACAGCUCGUACCAAAUCAAAUACGCCAUCCGGAAGAAAACUCCCACUGUCGGAAAACGCACCGGUCGUCCACGAAAGCAUCCAAAGCCCGAAGACAAUACGCCAAAGGGCAAGACGGCAAAGAAGCCAAAGGAGACAGCCACUGAGCAGCACCUGCAGUCACAACAACCAGAACAGCCACAGCAGCCACAACAGCCACAGCAACUACAUCAACCACAACAGUUACAACAGUUACAACAGCCACAGCAUAUGCCAGUGUGGGGAGAGGACGGAGCUUCAAUGACAGCUGCCGCAGCGCUGUCCUACGUUGCCGCUGAAAAUCGGCUAGGGCGGGGGGUUCGGGCAUGACAGGGCCAAAUUAGCAGAUUGCCAGAGAGUCUGCUGGUUUGCUAUACUCUGGCCACGUUCCAGGAUUACUUCGUUGCUCACCUGCUGCUCCUGUGGGAUAUCCUGACCUACUAUGUUCAAUGUCUUGGUGCCAAGUUGGUGGUAUCACUUCACGGAGGAAGCAGACAUUUACUAAGGAUAAUUGAAUGAGUGGCUCCUCCGAGAACCCGUCAACCACCGAC